GCCUUUCAUGGUAGUUCUAAAAAUGAUGUCCCUGUCCCUGAGGGUGCUGGUAGUCCCAGCCCAGGGCCAGAGACAGAGCUAUAGCUGGGGACUCCCUGGUGACUGGAGCCUCCAGAGAGGACCGCCAUCCUGGUUCAGCACCAGGGGGUGUGCUGCCUUCUGACUGCUGAUUUCUGAGGCCUUGAGCUGGGAGAGGUCCACCCAGCAGGAGCUCAGCUUGUUACUGGGGGAGUCGUCAGGCAUUUAGCAAUGAAAUCCAGAGCCAGUCAGAAACUUGGAGCUGGAGCCAAGCAGAAAGCACUCUGAGGCCUCCACAUGGGGACAUAGGAAAGGUACCUAUGGGGCUGGCCUCUGGAGCUCAGUCCAGCCCCAUUCCUUGUAUGUGUGAGUCCUUUUCUAUCACCUGAGACAAAGGCGAGAAACAUCUUGUGCACCUUUCAUUUCAAAGUCAGGUCCUAGCAGCAGUCAGGUCUGAGAGCCAGGAGCGAGGGCCCCAAAGAGGAGCCCAUCAUUCACCCAUCCAUAUGGGUGCAUCCGUGUGGUGACUUGGAUUAUGAAGGAUCUGAGAAAAUCCGUUCUCUUUGUGAGUCUGAAAAUUGAUGCCGAUUUAUUGCUCCCAAAGUAGUUUUGAAUCUGUCGUCUCAGGCUGUCCUUUAAACCAGCCCCUUCCCUGCCCCCAGAGGAGAGCCACAUGUUUCUUAGAGGUGGAAGGGACCAUAGGCAUCUCCAAGCUCUACUGUCUACAGGUCUACAGGAGAGGACAGAGGAGGGACCUGAAGUUCAGAGGGCUUUGGGGAGCCACCAACAUGAUGCUCAGAGAGAUUUGGAGACUCUCUGAGGAUGAACCUUGCAGGGCUUUGAGGAGUUGCCACAGUGAAUCUUAGAAGGUUUGGGAAAGCCAUCAGGCGAAGCUCAGAGCGGUCAGGGAACCUCCCAAAUUGUCAUGAACAGGAUCCCUCUGCACAAAGGGAAAUCACUGAGGAGCACCCUGCAGGAUCUUGGGCUCCUGGAGGACUUUCUGAAGAAACACCAGUACGAGUUCAUCAGGAAGAGCUCCAAUGUUGGGAAAGUGGCCCAGGAACCACUGGCCAACUACCUAGAUAGUCAGUACUUUGGAAAGAUCUAUAUUGGGACCCCGCCCCAGGAGUUCACCGUGGUGUUUGACACGGGCUCUUCAGACUUCUGGGUGCCCUCCCUCUCCUGCAACAGCGAAGCCUGCAAAAACCAUCACCGCUUUGACCCGACCGAGUCCUCUACCUUCCAGAACCUCAGCAAGCCCCUGUUGGUCCUGUAUGCCACGGGCAUCGUGCUGGGCUUUCUGGGCCACGACACUGUCACUGUCUCCGACCUUGUGGACCCCCAUCAGACGGUGGGCCUGAGCACUCAGGAGCCUGGCGACAUCUUUACCUACUCUGAAUUCGAUGGGAUUCUGGGGCUGGCCUAUCCUGCCCUUGCCUCUGAGGGCUCGGUGCCCGUGUUUGAUAACAUGAUGAACAGGCACCUGCUGGCCCAAGACUUGUUCUCAGUUUACAUGAGCAGGACUGGCCAGGGGAGCAUGCUCACGCUGGGGGCCAUAGACACAUCCUACUACGUGGGCUCUCUGGACUGGGUGCCCGUGACCCUGCAGAAGUACUGGCAGUUUGCUGUGGACAGGAUCACCAUCAGUGGGGUGGUGGUGGCCUGUGAUGGUGGCUGCCAGGCCAUUCUGGACACGGGCACGUCCCUGCUGGCCGGGCCUACCCACGACAUCCUCAAGAUCCAGCAGGCCAUCGGAGCCACACGCGGCCAGUAUGGCCAGUUUAUCAUCAACUGCUGGAGCCUGAGCAGCAUGCCCACGAUUGUCUUUGAGAUCCACGGAAGAAAGUAUUCAUUGCCACCCUUGGCGUAUACCAUCCAGGGCCAGGACUUCUGCUACAGUGGCUUCCAGGAGAACAGUAACUCCCCGCUGUGGGUCCUGGGGACCAUCUUCGUCCGGGAGUAUUACAGUGUCUUUGACAGAACCCAUAACCGCGUGGGGCUGGCCAAGGCUGUCUAUUGAACACUGACCACAGACCACAUUUUCCCCAAACACACACAUGCACAAAUACAAGUAUAUGCACACACAUGCGCAUGCGCGCACAUAGAUCAGGAUUUCUCACAGACGGUUUCCAAUAAACACUUUUUUGCAAA